AUGCCGCCCUCAGCAACGGAACCACGCGAGCUCGUGGUACUCCUAAACCCCGCCCGCCGCAAAGCCCUAUACCAACUCAGCAACGACAUCAUUAUUUACAUGCGCGCGCAAUUGGAACUCAAGGAUGGUGAUGAUGACAACGAUGAAGUACCCGAAUCCGAGGCCGACGGCUGGUCCGACGAUGAUACUCUCUGCGACGGCGAAGCUGGGCGUCAGCGGUAUGCCCCUCCAAGCCAGGGCCCGCCACCACCCCGCAGGCCAACCAAUACACUUCCCAGCCGGAAGCUCCUCACCUUACGGGCGGAGGCAGUGGCCUUCCUGAACCGGUGGGCCAACGGGUUUAUGACGGAUCUAAAAGAAAUCGUGGUCGAGCGAGAAACCCCCAAGAUUCUCGAGGAGAGGAGGAACCGCCUGCAGCGCCUCCGAAACGAGCCUGAGCCCUCGUUCCAGGGCGACGAUCUGAUUUCCUUUGACGGGGAUAGCGAUGCUGCAUCGCCGCGGCGCCGUCCGGAAGUGGCGAGCCUCGAGUCCCUUUACAAACCCCUCCCCACCCGCCUCGACACGCUUUCGUUCCAUGACCGGAGGGACAUGCUGAGCUGCGUCCUGCUUUUGCUCCUAUCUAAGGGGUUCUAUUCGGCGCAUGCGCGAGUAUUCGUACUCUACCUAACAUCUUCCCUGAGACUUCCCGUGUCCGUAUUGAUUAACGAGGAGACCGAAAUCGCAAAGUCACUCCUGAACGCAUCCGCCCAGGCAGAACUGGCGCCUCCCCAUUUGUCCGCCGAGGCCGAGGCCGAGAAGAGGCGGCAAGAGGGCCAGACGAGCAGGUUCUGGAAGGUGGGCCUCGCAUCUGUUGCCGGUGCGGCGGUGAUUGGAAUUACGGGAGGUCUCGCCGCGCCGGUGGUUGCCGGCGCCAUUGGAGGGUUAAUGGGCAGUGUCGGGCUGGGUGGGGUGGCCAGCUUCUUGGGUAUCUUUUGGAUGAAUGGCGCUCUAGUGGGAACACUCUUUGGCGCCUUUGGAGCGAAAAUGACAGGAGAGAUGAUGGAUAACUACGCCAAAGAGGUGGAAGACUUCCGCUUCAUCCCCCUCCGAGAAACCACACGAGCGAGACGAAACCAAGACGACCAACCGGGACGCCUCCGCCUCACCAUCGGAGUCAACGGCUGGCUGACAGAUAAGAACGACAUCACCCAACCGUGGAGCGGCCUCAGCAACGACUCCGAAGUCUUCGCCCUCCGCUACGAGAUGGACAAGCUCCUAUCGCUGGGCAAAGCCCUCGAGAACAUGGUAGGCAGCUACGCCUGGAAAACAGUCAAAUCCGAAAUCCUUCGACGAACCGUCCUCGCCACCAUCGGGGCCGCCCUCUGGCCCGCCUACAUCCUCAGCCUGGCCACCACCAUCGACAACCCUUUCAACCUCGCCCUUAACCGCUCUGAAAAGGCAGGCCUCGUCCUCGCCGAUGCCCUCAUCAACAAAGUCCAAGGCGAACGGCCCGUGACCCUAGUAGGCUACUCCCUCGGCGCCCGCGCAAUCUACACCUGCCUCCGGACCUUAGCAGAGCGCCGCGCCUUCGGCCUAAUCGACACCGUCGUCCUCAUCGGCGCCCCGGCCCCGUCCGACCCGGCCCGCUGGCAGAAACUCCGCAGCGUGGUGGCCGGGACCAUCUUCAACGUAUACACCUCGAACGAUUACAUCCUUGGAUUUCUCUACCGCACGCACAGCCUGCAGUUCGGCGUCGCGGGUCUCCAGCCCAUCCAGGGCGUCAAGGGCGUCCGGAACCUCGAUCUGAGCGAGGAGGUUAGCGGCCAUCUGCGCUAUCCGGACCUUAUCAGUCAGAUCCUGACGCGGUGUGGGUUCCCGAACGUCGCUGGGGGGGACGGGCCUAUUGAGCGGGAGGAGGACCUCAAUGCAGCUGCGGCACAGGCUAGUGGUCAAGAUGCUGACGGCUGGGGGGAUUGGAACGAUGGACCACUCAUCGACUUUGGGGAGGAGCCGGAGCCGAAGUCUCUCGUUUCCCAGACAGAGCCUAAGUCUCGUGCUUCCCAGCCGCCGGGAAGUAUGGUAGCGCCUGUCGGUUCAUCCAGUGCAACAGUAGUAAGCGCUGGUGUUUCCUCAAGCCGUAACAAGCAGGCGGGAUCAGGCAGGGGAGUAGGACCAACUCGAUCGUUGGGCUCAAGUAGUGCGGUCCCGGCGGAGGAUCGGGGUAUCGAUCCAUUGUCGGGUACUUUUCCGAUCCGAACGGUGGAGCUCCCUCUCCGAGGAGUCCGGCCACAGGUAGAGGAGACCUGGCCGGAGCCACCAAGCCCCCCGCUCAGGGUUAUCGAGCCCAAGAGUCUCGUUGAGCCUUCGCCAUCAACUCUGGCAGGAGCAGCUGGGUCCUCUAGACCAGAACCUACACAGAACCCCCUGAGCCAUAGUUACGUUGGCACGUUGGACAUGUACGAUGGUGUCUCAGACGAGGAAGUCGGCGGCAUUAGGAUGGUGAGCUACGACUCUGACUAG